AUGGCAGAGAAGAAGAUCCUAGUUCUCUGGAGAUGCAUGGUUGCAGGACCCUGCAUCGACUACCUGCUUCGCUACGAAUACAACACAGUUACCGUGGCCCGGCUAGUCCGCGGACGGCCCCGAGUGAUGACCAUACCUUGGGACAUGGCAGACCCCGACCUCGACCACCAUAUCGCAGCCCACAACCUUGUCUUCUCAAUGGUUCCGUUCAUGUAUCAUGUCGACAUUGUUCGCUCCGCCAUAAGGGGAAAGACCGACGUCGCCAUAAGCGGGCACACCCCCCUGCUGUUAAGAGCCUCGAAGCGGCAGUGA